AUGACCAUCCCUGGAGAUUCGACAGAAUCAACCCCUGAGCCAAGUCCCUUCGCGGCCUCUACGGCCUCUCGCAAGCGCAAGCGAUCCUCUCCUGCUGGGCCGACGACCCGUGAGUAUGGGUUCAUGCGUGACACGGGCGAACACGACACAGCGCGCUUCGUCGGGUCCAGCAGCGGCAUCCACUUCAUUCGGAAUGUCCACAUGAGGAUAGCGCGGAAGAACGCUCAUACAUCGAGCACGAGGCCGUUGAGGGAGAUGGUUCCUGGGGAGGACGAUCAACUGAGGCAGAGGGACGCGCAAUGCAACACGUCUCUGUGGACGGAGAAUGAGGUCGGAGACGCGGCACAGGUAGCAAGUUUUGAUCAGCUCGUGCAUUGGUCAAAAAGCUACUUUGAGACAUGGCAUCCGAUACUGCCAUUCUUACAUGGGCCUGAUGUACUGAGGAUCUUCGAGGCUGUCAGCCAGGGUGGCCUCUCGUCGCUGGACAAGCAUGACGGUGUCAUCCUCCGGUCCGUCUUAUCCAUCUGCCUGGCAGACAGUCGCCAGAGCGCGCCCUUUCAGGACCAGAUACCCCGAGAACUAGUAUACAAAUCUGUGGACCAUGCAGUGAUGUGCUCUCAGUUUGCGCUCCAGCAACCCGCAUCGAUACGAGCGACGCAGGCAGCGCUGAGCAUUCAGCUCUUUCUGAUCUCAUUUCUCUGCCUCAACGCCGCAUCUAGACUUGGUGGCUUGCUGUCGCUCGGCUUGCCUCUGGCUAUACGAGAUGAUGAUGUCGACGUUUGCUACCCAGGCGAGGAGCAUCACGGCGUGAGUACGGCAAGCGAUGACGGGGACAAGCGUCUGCGACUUCUGGCGUACAUGUCAAAACACGCUCGCAUUCGUGGUCUGAUCCUCGAGCUGAGAAAUAAGUCGAUACCUGUCCGACAUGACACACCUGAGCGGUCGAUAGCUGUGCAGACCGAACUCGCGAAAUGGGCGAACGAAAUUCAGGAUACCGUUGAGGCAGGCGACUCUGUCGACGACCGAGGUUUAGCAUCGUCACACAUAUCCUCUGGACAUCGCUCGAUCCUUCUUCUCUCCAAGUACGAGUCGACGAUAUCUCUCAACCGGCCGAUGAUUGCUUCCGAUCCGUCAACACCUCAUUGGGGCGCGGCGAUGCAGUCCUGCAUAUCGGCGGCGAAGAGCAUAUGCAUCACAAUGAAGCGCCAUCUUCAGCAACACCAGGCCGAGGACAACAGGUUGACGGUGCCCAUGCUCUGGCCUGCGUACAUCUGGGCCGCCUGGAUCAGCGCGUUUGUACUUGCCUUUGCAGCCUUUGAGCAACAGAUGCCCAUGAAGACUGCGCUGAGACACAUUGAGUCCAGCAAAGAGGUACUGCGACAUUUCGCUGCACGAAACACAUCAUGGCCGGAGUAUUGCCUGUCCGCCAUUGACGAGUUGACACUGGCCGUUGAGGAGCUCUCCCAGACAUCAAGGGAGAGUUUCCCUCGGAGCACAGUCUACUCAGCGGUGCCGGAAUCGCGCGAGACCGGUCGACACGCACACGCCGCAGUGAGCCGUCCAGCGGCACCACCAGUUGUGACCUCGUCGACAGGCAUUCACAACGCCUCCGACCCGGCCCUGAGCCAGGACGCUUACAAUCUCAAUCCCACCGCCGAGAUCCUUGUGGCCGCCGCCCCUGGGGUCGAUGGAUGGUUUGGGAUUUGA